CGCAUGCGCAGCCUGGCCAGGCUCAGCUGUGCGGGAAGUGCUGAGGGGCCUCGAUCCUGGCUGUGGGAAGUGGUGGGCCAUGGCAGCCCGCUAACGGCCCACCGAGCCGGGACAGGACGCGGCGACCCGGGCCUCAGCCGGCCCCAGCCGGCCUGCCCUUGGCCUUCCCCGCCCGGAGCCGCCGCCCAGCUGAGGAGGGGCGAUGAGCUGGUUCAAUGCCUCGCAGCUGUCCAGCUUCGCCAAGCAGGCCCUGUCCCAGGCCCAGAAGUCCAUCGACAGGGUCCUGGACAUCCAGGAGGAGGAGCCGAGCGCCUGGGCCGACACCAUCCCGUACGGAGAGCCGGGAGUAGGCCCCACUGUGAGUGGAGGAUGGGAUACUUCAACCUGGGGGUUGAAAUCAAGCACAGAACCUCAAAGUCCACCGACAGCCUCUCCUAAAGCAAUUACAAAGCCAGUUCGAAGGACCGUAGUGGAUGAAUCUGAGAAUUUCUUCAGUGCCUUUCUCUCUCCAUCAGAUGUCCAGAAUAUUCAGAAGAGUCCAGUGGUGUCAAAACCUCCGGCUAAAUCACAGAGGCCGGAAGAAGAAGUAAAAAGCAGCUUGCAUGAAUCCUUGUCCCCUGGGCAGUCAAGAACUACAGAAACAACUGACUCAGAAGUGAGAGAUGCUCUGUGUGUAUCAGGAGACACUCUGGCAGUGAGUGUGCCAUCAUUUGUAACUGAAGGCCAACAUGAAGAAAUUGCUAGUAAAGAAUCCGAGGUGAAGGUGACAACUGUACAGUUGAAAGUGUCUGAAAAUGUAGUGAACACAAAAGCAACUGUGGAAGGUGUGUCUACCAGUCAGUCUCUCACAGCAGAGACGAAGGACACGGCUUUGGAACCCAAAGAACCCAAACCUGAGGACAGACAGAGCAACACUCCUUCUCCUCCUGUUAGUGCCUUCUCGUCAGGUACUUCUACCACCAGUGACAUUGAAGUUUUAGAUCAUGAAAGUGUGAUCAGUGAGAGCUCUGCGAGCUCAAGACAAGAGACGACAGAUACAAAAGCAAAUCUUCACCUCAUGCAGACAUCAUUUCAGCUUCUCUCUGCAUCCACCUGUCCUGAGUACAGUCGCUUAGAUGACUUCCAAAAGCUCAAUGAGAGUGGCUGCUCAUCUGAUGCUUUUGAAAGGAUAGACUCGUUUAGUGUGCAGUCUUUAGAUAGCCGGAGUGUAAGCGAGAUCAAUUCAGAUGAUGAAUUGCCAGGCAAGGGGUAUGCUUUAGUGCCUAUUGUAGUUAAUCCUUCAACUCCCAAAACUAACAUAGUAGAAUCUAUUGAAGGGAAAGCUGAAGAAGAAGAAGUGAAUGAGACAUUAAUUGUACCUUCUGAGGAAGCAGAAUUAGAGGAAAGUGGACGAAGUGCAACUCCUGUUAACUGUGAUCAGCCAGACACACUGUUUUCUUCUACACCAAUAAACGGAGGCCCUUCUGUCUCAGACAAGGUGGCUGAGCAGUCUGAAGUCACAGCUGCUGACGGUCAGCCAGAAGUUCCUUCUGAGAAAGAAGACGUUUGCAAGACAGUUGAAUUUCUGAAUGAGAAACUGGAAAAAAGGGAGGCUCAGUUAUUAUCUCUUAGUAAAGAAAAAGCACGUCUAGAAGAAGCUUAUGAUAACCUGAAAGAUGAAAUGUUCAGAGUAAAAGAAGAAAGCAAUAGCAUUUCUUCCCUGAAAGAAGAGUUCACCCAAAGAAUUGCAGAAGCAGAAAAGAAAGUUCAGCUAGCCUGCAAAGAGAGAGAUGCUGCUAAAAAGGAAAUGAAAAAUAUAAAAGAAGAACUUGCCACUAGAUUAAAUAGUAGUCAAACUGCAGACCUUUUGAAAGAGAAAGAUGAGCAGAUUCAAGGUUUAAUGGAAGAAGGAGAAAAACUUUCAAAGCAGCAGCUACAUAAUUCCAACAUCAUUAAGAAAUUAAGAAUUAAAGACAAAGACAAUGAAAACAUGAUUGCAAAGCUGAACAGAAAAGCUAAAGACCUGGAAGAGGAGUUGCAGCACUUAAAACAGGUCCUUGAUUGCAAAGAAGAGGUUGAGAAACAGCAUAGAGAAAAUAUUAAAAAACUAAAUUCUGUGGUAGAACGCCAAGAGAAAGAUCUUAACCGACUUCAAGUAGACAUGGAUGAACUCGAAGAAAAGAACCGAAGUACUCAGGCUGCCCUAGAUAGUGCUUACAGAGAACUUACCGAUCUUCACAAAGCCAACGCUGCGAAGGAUAGUGAGGUGCAAGAAGCCGCUCUGAGUCGUGAAAUGAAAGCUAAAGAAGAGCUUUCUGCAGCACUAGAGAAAGCCCAAGGAGAAGCCCGUCAGCAGCAGGAAACGUUAGCAAUCCAAGUGGGGGACCUUAGGCUGGCCCUGCAACGUGCAGAGCAAGCAGCUGCCAGGAAAGAGGAUUACUUCCGCCACGAGAUCAGUGAACUUCAGCAGAGACUCCAGGAAGCAGAGAAUCGAAACCAAGAGCUGAGUCAGAGUGUCUCAUCAACAACAAGACCAUUGCUUCGACAAAUAGAAAAUCUGCAAGCAACUCUAGGGUCACAGACAUCAUCAUGGGAGAAGUUAGAGAAGACUCUUUCUGAUAGACUUGGUGAAUCUCAGACUUCAUUGGCAGCGGCAGUUGAAAGAGAGCGUGCAGCUACAGAAGAACUCCUUGCCAACAAAACCCAAAUGUCUUCAGUGGAGUCCCAGAAUGCUCUCUUACGACAGGAAAAUAGUAGACUUCAGGCCCAGCUAGAGUCAGAGAAAAAUAAGUUAACAAAACUAGAGGAUGAAAACAAUCGGUACCAGGUUGAAUUAGAAAACCUAAAAGAUGAAUAUGUAAGAACACUUGAAGAGACAAGGAAAGAAAAGAUACUGUUGAGCAGUCAGUUAGAAAUGGAAAAAAUGAAAAUUGAACAAGAAAGGAAGAAAGCCAUUUUCACUCAAGAAGCAAUAAAAGAAAAGGAGCGCAAGCCAUUUUCUGUUUCUAGUACUCCCACCAUGUCACGCUCAAGUUCAAUAAGUGGAGUUGAUAUGGCAGGGCUACAGACAUCUUUCCUGUCUCAGGAUGAGUCUCAUGAACAUCCAUUUGGACCAAUGUCUGCAUCAGCCAGUGGAAACAAUCUUUAUGAUGCUGUAAGGAUGGGAGCAGGAUCGAGCAUUAUUGAAAAUCUACAGUCUCAACUUAAGCUGAGGGAAGGAGAAAUUAGUCAUUUACAGCUAGAAAUUUGCAAUCUAGAAAAAACUCGAUCAAUAAUGUCAGAAGAGCUAGUUAAAUUAACAAAUCAAAAUGAUGAACUUGAGGAGAAAGUGAAAGAAAUACCCAAGCUUCGAAUUCAGCUACGAGACUUGGAUCAAAGAUACAACACUAUUCUGCAGAUGUAUGGAGAAAAAGCUGAGGAAGCAGAGGAACUUCGAUUGGAUCUUGAAGAUGUCAAAAAUAUGUAUAAAACUCAGAUCGAUGAACUUUUAAGACAAAGGCUCAGUUAACUUGUGAAAGUUGAAUUCCUGUCACAGUGAAUGUAACGACACUUAAUAUAUAAAUUCAGACAUCAAAUAAAUUCUUUUAUAGAAUUAGAAAAUGGGAUUUACUGUAAAGUGUAAAAAAUUUUUUAAACACAUCUUUUAUAGUAUGUAGUAAUAUUUGCAGUUAAAUUAUUUCAUGCAAUAUUUGAACUUUAUUUUUGAAACUAUUCUUUACAAAGUUAUUUUUUAAAACAUCCAAUUUUGUUUGCAUUGAAUAGCACAGAAAUUUAAUACUUCAUCCAUGUAUCAAUAUAGCUAGGAAAGGAAAUUGGUGGUCCUGUAUUAUUGUAGAUAUAUAAUUAAUUGUAUCUAUAAUUUAUGUGUUUGUAUAUAUUGAGAAGAGUUACAGAGUAAUAUUAACAUUGAAACCUGGAAAUCGUUCACAUUUAAAUCUUUAACAUAUCUCUUAAAUGUUUUAAAUGUUCAAGUAAAAAGAUUAUUAAACCUGUGAGAAGUCAUACUGAUACUGUCUGAAAUUUAUAGAAUAAUUUAAACUUAAAUAUUUUUUGACUUGAAAAUUUAUUCUUUCCAGCUUCCACAAUGAAGUAUGAACAGAUUUUGGUACCUUUUAGUACUUAUCCAAAGAAAGCUAUAAAUAUUCCAAAUUAUCUAGGCAUAAUUGGAUAAUGGAAAUUUUUGCUUAUAGUAAGUAUGUUGUGAUAGCUUUAGUAACAAAUGAUUUUGAAGAAGUGUUUUUGACCCUAUAAAACAAAUGUAAUAAAGUAACGAAAUUUUCUCUUUGA